AGAAAUUUGUAAAAACUUACCAUACCAUACAAGGCACGUUACGAGAGAGAAUAUACAUAACCAGCAUUUCAUCGUGCUAUAUCAUUUGAAGGGACAAAAAUAAAGUAAAAAAUUCGAUUGUUGUGGUUUAAUGCAAGAGUAGAGGAGUAGUGCGGGUAACUUAAUUAACUUAAUUCGAUGUGAAUAAUGCUGACAUCACUAACAGAGUUGUUAAGCUGAUUCAUUCAUAUUUAUCGUGUAAAAAUUACAUUUUUUUGAAAUGUAUUUAGUUGGAUUGACUGGUGGCAUUGCCACUGGAAAAAGCACAGUUGCUGCUGUUUUUCGGGAGCAUGGCAUCCCUGUUAUAGAUGCCGAUGUAAUUGCUCGGAAAGUUGUUGAGCCAGGAAAACCAGCAUGGCAUAAAAUACAAGAGGAAUUUGGUCCAGAUGUGUUUUUGGAUACUAAACAUUUGGAUAGAACGAAACUUGGAGAUUUAAUAUUUAACGAUGUGGAAAAGAGAAAAAAACUCAAUGCUAUAACGCAUCCUGAUAUAUACAAAGAAAUAUACUGGCAGACUAUUAAGUACUUUUUACAAGGUCAUCCGUUUAUAGUUAUGGAUUUACCGUUGCUUUUUGAGACAGGACACAUGUUGAACUACUUGUACAAAAUUAUAGUUGUAACAUGUGAAGAAGAUCUUCAACUACAACGAUUAAUGGAACGCACUGGAUUUACAGAAGCUAAAGCAAAAUUAAGAAUAGCUGCGCAAAUGUCUUUGGAAAAAAAAGCAGAGAUGGCAAAUUUUGUAAUUGAGAAUUCGGGCAGUGCAAGAGAUACGAAGGAACAGACCGUGAAAGUAAUUAAUGUAUUACGAUCCUCCAAGCAUCAUUGGAAAUUGCGUCUUUUAGUUGGGUUUUGUUGUACUGUACUAUUAGCUGGUGCAUAUUGGUUAAAGAACAGAAGUUCGAAAUCUCUAUCUACCGCAACAUGAAAUUUUCUAUCAAAAUUAUUUAGUUCAAAAACAAAUGUUAUGUGUAAAUCGUAGUCACAUAAUAAAACCAAGUGUGAUUUUUGUUAACUUUUACAACAGC